AUGCGCUUUUCUAGCAUAGCCAUUAUCUUUCAAAGCGCAAGCAUCUUCGCGACAACCCUUGCUAGUGGAGGAACGGAUCGAUCAUAUGGACCAUCAAAAAAUUUUGAUUGCGAGGGCCGCAAAUUGUAUGGAAGUGAUCUUGAACCGUUUCGUCAAGAGGGGGCAAGGCGCAUACUCAAUCGUCAAGUGCAAAAAAUUAAUGAUUAUAAUAUCCUUAGGCAGUUAAAUUGGGGGUACGAUAGAAAUAGUUUCAGUUGUGUUAAUGGAAAACCUGCUGCUUACUACCUUCACCGGCUAGAGGGUUACACUCACUCACAACCAGAAGGCAAAUGGGUUAAUGAAAUUGACUAUAUGCUCGUACUUGAUGGUCUUGGUCACACAUGUACCAUGAUGAUGAAGAGGUUUAUGCGUCAUCACACCACCAGAGCGGCGGAUGUACCAAUUGAAGAUUCAAUCUUCGACUUGUGUAGCAUAACUUCCUAA